AUGGCCAAAGUGAAGACCGCGAUGCCCGUACCCAUCAUGCAAUCGACGCGGAUAAGGUCAAAGAUUGGCGCUGGCCACAGGACUACUUCGCAAACGACUCCCGAAAAUUCAUAUACGAGCGCCAACUCGGGAGCGGAUCUUUUGGGCACAGCUUGGAAAGUAAAGGAAGAGAAUGAAGACGGCAGUCUCAAGCGACAAUUUGUGGCCAAGUUCGGAUACACACCAGAGGAGACGACCUCGAUUGAGACAGAGCAACGGCUGGCAAAGAAAUUAUACGGCGCUCUCCAUUUCGCCCAACCAAUAGUCCAAAAUGGAAAAAUGUUAACGCUCGAUAGCGUCCCAGCAAGGGAUUCUAAGGAGCGGCGCAUAAUCCUCAUGACAGAGUUCAUCCCCAAUCUGACCCUAGGCCAAUUUUACAUUAAAGUGAACUCGACUCCGGGCAGCACGUGGUCGCCGAUUCCGAACCGCGUUCUAUGGCUCAUCUUUCGCUGUCUGGUCAGAGCCGUCCUCGCAAUGGCGGCACCUCCGGACCGACCGUAUUGGGAUGCCAACGAGGCACCUACCCUUGAGGUAUCGACAAGGCAACCAGCGCGUGAUGAUUAUCAGAUCUACCAUGGCGGUCUUGGAAACAUAGAGAACAUGAUCUUCGGCGACCUCGAUAGAGGCGAGCACCGCCUGGUACCUAUACUCAAGGUCAUUGACCUGGGAAUGGCUACGGAUCACUAUGAGUAUAUGAGAUCCCGGAGGACAGGCACAAUGACGGAAGAAAACGUGAAGGAUAUUGGCGAUUUGUGGAGAGUCGAUUCGAGUGUCAUCCCAUCACAUCACACUUGCGCAGGGCAGCUCUUACGAUUCUUCUGUACUGCACCAGCGACCGCAAAGUCGGACCAGUAUACCGCCGCCAUGGCUUCCAAGCGCAAGGCCGACGACUUCAUCUACACAUUGUCCGACAACGACGAGAUCCCCGGCGAAGAGCUCCCCGAACAGCCCAACCCCCCAAAGAAGAAGUCCAAGAAAUCCAAGAAGACCACGAAGACCGCACCGCUCGACGAGGACGAUGAAGAGCUCGGCGUUUGGGGCAAGAAGGAGGAUGAUGAUGGUGCCAUGGCCUCCGACUUCGAGUUUGCCGAGGAUGCGACGACCGAUUUUAGGACAGAAGACUUCGAGGGCUGGGGUUUCGAUCGCGCGAAGGGAAUGAACGGCACGUCACAGAACAAGAGAGUCGACAUUGAAGAGAUUGUACGGAGACGGAGAGAUAAGAAAGGCAAGACUGCAAAACCGGAUGCCGAAGCGGCGGCACCCCAAGAAGACGGAGAAAUCGACGUCGGUCUUGAUGACGAAGAUGACGAGGUGCUGGCCGCAGACGGCUUUGGCAUGGGCGCUGCCUCGGAUGAGGAGUCGGGGGACGAGGCAGCAGCUGACGGGCCGGAACAGAGUGACGAAGAAAGCGAGGAUGACGAGGCCGAAGGCGACGGGGAUGCUUCAGACAAUGAUUCUGUUGCGACUGCCUUGGAUCACCCUGGCGACGUGGAACAGUCCGACGCCACAGAUGAUGAGGAAGACGUCGAGGAAGCGGCUAAGAGAAAAGCCUUCUUCGCACCCGAGGAGAAGCAACCGAAGGGCAAACAAGAGGGGAAAGCCGCUUUCCAAGGCAUGUCACUGUCGCGACCCAUUCUUCGCGGCCUCAACUCCGUGGGCUUCAACACACCUACACCAAUUCAAGCCAAGUGUAUACCACUUGCCUUGGAGGGCAAGGAUCUUGUUGGCGGCGCCGUGACCGGUUCAGGAAAAACCGCAGCAUUCGUCGUGCCUAUACUAGAGCGCUUACUGUACAGGCCAAACAAGAUUCCUACCAGCCGGGUAGUCAUCUUGGCACCUACUCGAGAGUUGGCGAUCCAGUGUCAUUCAGUAGCGACGAAACUUGCGAGCCACACGGAUAUCAAGUUCUGUCUAGCAGUUGGUGGCCUGAGUCUAAAGAUCCAGGAAGCAGAGCUGCGCUUAAGACCAGAUGUCGUUAUUGCGACACCAGGUCGGUUUAUCGACCACAUGCGGAACUCUGCGAGUUUUUCCAUCGAUACGAUCGAGAUUCUGGUACUUGACGAAGCAGAUCGAAUGUUGGAGGACGGUUUCGCGGACGAAUUGAACGAGAUCUUGACGACAAUGCCCAAGUCACGGCAGACUAUGCUGUUUUCGGCCACCAUGACCUCGUCGGUCGAUCGAUUGAUCCGUGCUGGACUGAAUAAGCCUGUACGGGUCAUGGUUGACUCCCAGAGGAAGACUGUGGACAAGCUCGAGCAAAAGUUUGUCAGGCUCCGACCGGGUCGUGAAGAUAAGCGCAUGGGAUAUCUUUUACACAUCUGCAAAACCAUGUACAGCGAGCGGGUCAUCAUCUUCUUCCGGCAGAAGAAGGAGGCCCAUCGCGCCCGACUAAUCUUUGCGUUGUUCAACUUGUCGUGUGCCGAGCUACACGGGAGUAUGAACCAGACUCAGCGUAUCGAAAGCGUCGAGGCCUUCCGCGAUGGCAAAGUGUCGUUCUUACUGGCAACAGAUCUGGCCUCUCGAGGUCUCGACAUCAAGGGUGUCGACACUGUUAUCAACUACGAAGGCCCGCAGAAUCUCGAGAUCUACGUCCAUCGUGUCGGCCGUACUGCAAGAGCCGGCCGCUCUGGUGUGGCGGUCACGCUUGCAGCCGAGCCGGAUCGAAAGGUGGUCAAGGCUGCUGUCAAGGCGGGCAAGGCUCAGGGGGCCAAGAUUAGCAGUCUGAUCAUUGAGACGGCAGAGGCGGACAAGUGGCAAAACCAGAUUGACGAGAUGGGGGACGAAAUCGAGGCCAUUGCGCACGAAGAGAAGGAGGAGAAGCAGCUCGCGCAGGCGGAAAUGCAGAUCAAGAAGGGAGAGAACAUGGUGGUGCACGAGGAUGAGAUCAAGUCACGGCCGAAGCGGACGUGGUUCGAGACGCAACAUGACAAGCAGAAGGCCAAAGACGCCGGACGCGCAGAACUGAAUGGUCUGAUAGAAUCGCUGAAGAAGAAGGGCAACGGGAAACUCAGCAACAAAGACAAGAAGAAGCUAGAUGCGAGGUCUACGCAGAAGGAUGGCACUUGGAAGAAGGGGUCUGCCGAGCGAGCCGGCAAGGGUGCGGUUCUGAAUCUCAAGAACGACAAGAAGCCGAAGAGCGGGAAGCCGAGCGGGAAGCCAAAGAGAAGGUAG